ACACCCUCUUAUUUGUCACCAGACUCCGCCUUCAGUCAGGGUUCCUCCCCCAGCCAUCUUUCAUUCAUUCUGCAUCUAGUGCUGGGUGCUUGGGGCAUGGGGGUAAAUCAGACCCGUCCCACCUUUUUGGGAGUUCAAGAGAUGGUGAGGGCACACGGACCUACGCAACGACAGUGACAGCCUGGGGCGGUAAAGAGGCCGCCUAGGCACUAGGAGCCUCUAAGACGCCUGGAAGGCUUCCCGGAGGAGAAGUCGACAGUGUGGGGAGUUGCAGUGGCCCUGCUGGAUGUGACCCCCAGAACAGAAUGGUGCUGGACUCAGGGGCUCAGGUGUAUGAGCAGCCACCCCCCAGCCCACCAGCCAGUCGCUCACCCUUGGGCCAUAGACUGAAGCCCUCAGACCGAGAUGGGACAUCACCACUGUACCCCUGGCCUCAGUCCCUGGCCUUGCCCCUGGCGCUGUCCGUCUCAGCCCUGCAGCCCCCGCCUGAGCUGCAGUCCUUCUCAGAGCUGCACUUGGGUCACCGUGGCCACAUGCGCCGCAGUGAGAGCACCUACACCGUAAAUAGCACCGGCCGGUGCAGGGGUGGCACCCAGGGUCGGGCCCCACCUGGACGAGGACGGGAUCCAGGUGGGGGCACCCUGAAGUCUGCGGCCUCCCUGCCUCACAUUGCUAAGACUCGAAAGGAUGGAGGCAACGGUGCUGGCAGGAGCCCCUGCAUGUUGGUGGCCCUGCGGCCAACCAACAUGGACCGUGAGCGGGACAAGUUCUUCCAGUCCCAGUACACCUACAACCCGCAGUUCGAAUACCAGGAGCCCAUGCCCACGGCUGUGCUGGAGAAGUACUGUGAGGCCUCUGGCCAGUUCAUCCAUCAGGCAGUCGGCAUCAUUGAGGCUGUCCUGGAGAAGUUCGGUACCUAUGAACACUUUGAGGCUGUGACUGGGGGCCAGCUGCUGACCAAGUGCCAGAUCUGGUCCGUCGUGCGCAAAUACAUGCAGAAGGAGGGCUGCGUUGGGGAGGUGGUGGUGCAGCUGAGUGAAGACCUGCUGUCCCAGGCAGUGAUGAUGGUGGAGAACAGCCGACCGACGCUGGCCAUCAACCUGACCGGAGCCCGUCAGUAUUGGCUGGAAGGCAUGCUGCGGCACGAGAUAGGCACCCACUACCUGCGAGGCGUGAACAAUGCACGGCAGCCCUGGCACAGCGCGGAGGGCCGGCUGCAGUACGGGCUGCGGCCAGCGAAUCCCACCGAGGAGGGCCUGGCCAGCCUGCACAGCGUGCUGUUCCGCAAGCAGCCCUUCCUGUGGCGCGCAGCACUGCUCUACUACACCAUCUACCGAGCCGCGCAGAUGUCUUUCCGCCAGCUCUUCCAGGACCUGGCGCGCUACGUGCAGGACGCCGACGUGCGCUGGGAGUACUGCGUGCGCGCCAAGCGCGGUCAGACUGACACCUCGCUGCCUGGCUGCUUCAGCAAGGACCAGGUGUAUCUGGAUGGCAUCGUGCGCAUUCUGCGGCACCGCCAGACCAUUGAUUUCCCGCUGCUUACCUCGCUGGGCAAGGUGUCCUAUGAAGAUGUGGACCACCUGCGUCCCCACGGGGUACUGGACAAUACGCGGGUGCCCCACUUCAUGCAGGACCUGGCGCGCUACCGGCAGCAGCUGGAGCACAUCAUGACCACCAACCGGCUGGACGAGGCAGAGCUGGGCCGCCUGCUGCCUGACUGACGUCGGGUGAGGGUUCCGAGUCAUCCCCCCCGAACACAAAGAUGGCAGCUCUGUGCUUCCACGGCCUGGGUGUUUCUUGGGGAAGCUGGGAGGGCAGAGCAUCUCAGGAGGGAGGAGCGGCAACACCAGUGGGUUUGUGUCCCUUGCUGGCCUCCCUGGGACCUGGAGACCAGCACGUUGGACGAACUCUGUCUGCCCUCCUAGGAGCCUCUGUCAGUGGAGCGGAGGGGAAGCCUGGGGGCAGCAGAGAAGUUGAGCACGGUUGGGAUUGGUGGGUGGGGUGGCUCGGGAGAGAAACUUGUUCUUGCAUGAGAUGGCUCUGGGCGUCUGCACACUCCAGCCUCCCUCCCCCCCCACCUGGCCCCUCGGUGCUCCUUCAGCUUCCAUGCUGUCUACCUCUCACUGGGUCCUGGUGGGCGUCUCCCUUCUCCUCAGGCCAUCACCUGAGCCUGGGGUCCUUGCUUUCACCCACGCUCGAGGGGUGAGGGUCCUGACAGUUAGUUAGAAACCCAGCUGGGCUGGGAUGUGCUUUCCAGGAUUUUGCCUGUCCCGCUGCUCAAGUAUUUAUUCCCUGUUUAAACGCUCUACUUCCUGAGGCCGGGAGGCAGUAGUGUCCGAAGUUUCGGGGGAGGGAACAGGGCUCCUUUGGAAGGCACCCAUGCUCCUAGCCCCAGCUGCAUCUCCUUCUCUCUCUCUCACACACACACACACACACACACACUCUCACACUCUCACACAUACUCCUUGGCCUUGUGAGUUGAGCCCUGGAGCUCCUCUGGCCCUGCCUCCCCCGACCCCCUCCGGGGACCUCUGCUGUCCCCGUGUUUUCCCACACCCUCACAGCGGGUCUGACAGAGGCUGCCACAGCCUGGCAGCAGCCACGAUCCAGCCUGAGGGGUGGGCCCCUGGUUGUCCUGGUUGUCCCAAGUCCUGAGCACCGGGAGAGGUGCAGAGGUGGUUGUCGCUUCCAGCUCCACCUCCGACUCAGCUGUGCGAGGUUGAUCCAGUCCCACUCCCACCCUUGGCCUUAGUUUUCCCAUCUGUAAAAUUCGGAAAUGCAGCCGGAAAGUCCUUACUCAUCUAGUUAGUGAAUACGCACAGAUCGCCAUCUGUGUGCCAGUUACUGGGCAAACCCUCACUGAGCUCCUGGUCCCACGAGAAGCCAGACGAUUAAAACAACCAUUACAAUAA